CAGCCACUGGCAGUUGGAGGGAACGGUUUACGUGAGACGGUACACACUCGUAAGUUCAAAUCCGGAGCCCUCCAUCGGCCUGAAGGAAGAAGCGUGGUGCUCUGUCCCGAGUCAAUAACUGAAAAUGUCGAAGAUGGACGAUGGAAAGGAAAUACCCAAAAUUAUUGUGGACCCAGGGACAAGAACAUCAUAUGAGAAAGGAAGCUUCUUUGGAAAGGGUGGGUUUGCCAAAUGUUAUGAAAUCAAGCAAAUUGGAACAAGCAGAGUAUAUGCUGGCAAGAUCAUUCCGAAAAAAUUAAUGACGAAACACAACCAGCGAGAGAAGAUAACUCAGGAAAUCUCCAUUCACCGCAGUUUGAAUCACAAGCAUGUUGUUGGCUUCCAUGGUUUCUUUGAAGAUGACCUUAACAUAUAUAUCGUCCUGGAACUGUGCCGAAAAAGAUCAAUGAUGGAACUUCACAAACGUCGCAAGGCACUUACUGAACCUGAAACAAGAUACUACCUUAAACAGAUUCUUGAAGGAGUGCUUUAUUUACAUAAUUGCCACAUUAUCCACAGAGAUUUGAAAUUGGGAAAUUUGUUCCUGAAUGAUAACAUGGAAGUUAAAAUUGGAGACUUUGGUCUUGCAGCAAAACUAGAGUUUGAUGGUGAGAGGAAGAAGACAUUGUGUGGAACUCCAAACUACAUCGCUCCAGAAAUUCUUCAAAAGAGAGGUCACAGCUAUGAAGUUGAUGUUUGGUCCAUUGGUUGCAUUAUGUACACAUUACUUGUUGGCAAACCUCCAUUUGAAACUAGUUCUUUGAAGGAAACUUAUGGGCGAAUCAAGAGAUGUGAAUAUGUGAUUCCCCCUAAUCUGAAAAAGUCUGCAUCAUCACUAAUCAGCAAAAUGCUGCAGCCAGAUCCAAAAGCCAGACCUAGAGUUGAGGAACUUCUGAAAAAUAGUUUCUUUACUUCAGGAUAUUUACCACAGCAGCUUCCUGUCUCCUGUCUUACUACUGCUCCUAGAUUUGACACCUUGGAGAACAAGAAUCUGCUUUUACGCAAACCUCUUAUUGAAGUCAAUGGUGGUGAAAUUCUAGCAAGUCCAACUGGCAGGAAGAGAGGGGAUGGUGGCAAUCCUCGUGAAAGUAUGCCAGCUGCUGGAGGAAGAACAGUUGCCUGCACAUCAUUCAAUUUCCGUGAACACCUUAACUCAUUGCGGACUCAGCUUUCAGAGCUGCUGAAGACUCAUCCAGGGAGAAAGGAUAUCAUUGAUUCUGAUGAUAUGUCUGAUCCUGCUGCAUCACCCUUUGUUUGGGUCAGCAAGUGGGUUGAUUACUCAGAUAAAUAUGGGUUUGGAUAUCAGCUGUGCGAUGAGGGUGUUGGUGUUAUGUUUAAUGACACAACCAAGCUUAUCAUGUUACCCAACGGGAAGGAUGUACAUUACAUUGACAGAGAUGGGUCUGAAAAUUACUACACUGAAGUAAGCUUCCCCUCAGUGCUGGAGAAAAAGAUGAAACUUCUCACUUAUUUCCGCCGUUAUAUGAACGAACAUCUGGUUAAAGCUGGAGGAGCCAUUGCACCUCGGGAGUGCGAUUCCUUGUCUCGCAUUCCUUACUUGCACACCUGGUUCCGCACACCCUCAGCUGUAGUAAUGCAUCUGACAAAUGGAACAUUGCAGGUCAACUUCCUUGAUCAUACGAAAAUCAUAAUGUGUCCUUUAAUGGGUGCUGUAACAUAUCACGAUCUGGAGAAGAACAUCCGUACAUUUAGGUUUUCUUCCAUGCAGAAGACUGGUUGCAGUUUACAACUUGCUCAAAGUUUGCAAUAUGCCCUUGAAAAGAUUAACAAGAUGAUAAGUUAAUUCAGAACUGGAUACCUGGCUGUGAUUCCUCAUUCUCUUAAAACAAACCUAAAUCAGAGGCUAAGGUUCUCCAAAUUUUUGUCCCUGGGGAGGACUUUAUUUUUUAAAAACUGAAAUAACAAUGUUUUAUGUAAAAAUGUAUUGAUUGGGGACUCUUGUGUAUUGAGGUAUAUUAUUCCACUUUAUUUAACUCCCUGAUUUUUUAACUACAGCACACCCUUGUCAGGUUUUAUGUAUUUGAAGCUACGUAUGUUCACCUCUUAAUUGAGACUUUUGUUCAUAGUAGGAGUAUUUGAUACUUUGUUUAAAUCACUGCCUUUGACUAAGUAAAAGAUAAUAAGUAUUUAA